GACACACCUCAUGUAAUGGGGGAACAUACUGAUGGGCCUCCUCUUACUUUUCAUCUCAUGCUAGCCGUUUGUUCUCAACUAUUUGCUGUAAAGUAACCGUUAUAUCCUGACUGGCAGUGUUAACCUACUAGCGUGCUAGGCUAGCUGUUCGUGUUUCGGUGUGCCGUGAUAUGGCCGAUCGCAACAUUCGCCUACACUGGAAUUGGUUUCUUAUGUACCCGUUCUGAAUAACACAACCCUUGUUAACAGGGCCUGGCAUUUAGUGGUAUAGCCACCAGGAAGCAAUCUUAGCUAGCGAAACGGUGUGGCCUGGAAUGGAGCCAGGCGACUUGCGAGAGAGCCCCGCCGGGUCCGGGGAGUCAGACACCGGGGACUGGAGGGAGGAGGGGUGUCCCGGUGGGCCCGAGGAGGUCAAAACUCCCGAAACUAAUGGGACAACUAUAGAGACCUCGACCAGAGACACCUGCGAGGAAGGGGAAACCGAAAAACAAAAAGGAGUGGGGGAGCAAUUACACAGCCCCUAUGAGGAAAAACUGGACCCCAGGAUCAAGGAUGAGUUGGAGCAUCUUAAUGAAGCCAGUGCAGAAAUUAACAGACUGGAGCUUCAGUUGGAUGAUGCUAGAUCAGGGUACCGGAAAAUCCUCACCGAGUCUGCCAGGAAGCUAAAUGCUCACAGCUCUCAGCUUGGUGGCUGCAUAGAGAAAGCGAGACCCUACUAUGAAGCUCGCCGCCUUGCCAAAGAGGUACACACACACACACACACACACUGGGAAACUGGACUAUGUAUUCCUUAA